AUGUUGAUGAUCGAGUCCAUACUGUUCGAACUUGACACCGCCAGGAACAAUGUCGAAGCAGAACCCAAAGUCGAUGUGCAGGAUAUGGCCCUGGUUGUCGUACAUGAUGUUUCCGUUGUGUCUGUCUUUGAUUUCCAGCAGGUAGGUGAUGAUGGAGUAGGCGGCGAGCGACUUGACAAAGUUGUUGCGUGCGCGCUGGAACUCGAUCGAGGUUUCUGGCCCGUGCUGGCUGAUGAAGUACUCGUACAGCCCGUUAACGGCCUCACGGCCGAGCAUGUCUCUGGAGAUCGAGUUUGGCAAGACGUCGAUGAUACCGCACCCGGGAGCCGUGGCUGUGACUCUGUUGGGGAAUACGUACACGUCCAAGCCGGCGUCGAGCCAGAUCGUCCGGAACAGCGAGAUCAGUUGCAACGCAAGCACGUCCUGUCUGCAGUCGUCGCCGACCUUGAAGAUGGCACUCAUGUCCUCGACCUGGUACUCCUUCCCGCCGUCCACGGUCUCGACCUCCUUCUUGAUUUUGAACGUGGCCAUGAACGGAGCCUUGGCGUGCGACUGCAACGGCUUGCCAGAAAGCCGGUUGAUGUCCACCACCUGGCCCUGAGGGUUGCUAGGCAGUUCUUGUUGAACGGAGGAAGAAACAGGUUGAUCGAGUCCGACGGCGAGGCAACCUCCCAGAGCACCACCAGGUGCGAGUUCUUGUUGUUCUCGCCAUCAAGCAGGUACUUGAGCGCGGCGGGGUUGUCGAUCACCUUGAGCGGAUUGCUUUGGACCAGCUGUCUCAUUGGCUUGUCGAACGAGUACGUGCUGUAUCUUUCCACGAGGUUGAUUGCCAGCCGACCGUCAAUAGCAAACGCGUCGGCGAGAAUGCGGUCCGUUGGUCUCGUUUUGCUGUACGAGCCAGUUGUGUCCACAGGGUUUAGUGGAUUUAGCCAGGUGGCCAGGAAACUGAUCUCGUGGUCCAGGAACAGCAGCAGAAUGACCCUCUUCUGUUCUGCCAAAGACUCCUCCGGGUACCGCAGGUCAGACACCAGCUUGGCCACCAUGUUGAGCAGGUUGAAGUCGCUUCUGAUCUUGACCUUGUUGUUGCCGUACGGAGCACGGUGUUUGAUGGUGAACCACGACAAUGCGCCGCUCAGCACGGCAGAAGUCAGGCUGCCCACGUCCGUGGUUCCCAGACUUCUGUGCACCUUCAGCAGCGCCAGACCGAGGUUGAUGAGCUCGAAACGAGUGAGUCUCGAAAACGGAUGCGUGCUGGCAGAAGACAGACUCAGCAGCGCAAUCAGAAUCGUCCGCGUGAACAUCUUGAAGAUGUGCGAGCUCUGGUACCGCGUGGCCUCAAAAUGA